AUGGGGCUCUUGAAACCUUCUUCCUUGGCAAUAUCUGCUAAACCUCGGCCACAACAAAGCGGCGGUUUCUCCGAGUCUCUAAUCGGCGAUACCGUGGAGGCGGCUGAUGCUAUCAUACGCGAAUGGGUUACUCCACAUCUCCACGAUCCUUCGUCUUCUUCCUGCAGCCUCCAUUCGCUUUUCUCCGCCGACAACCGUGGAGAAGGAAGACGCUUCCUCGACGUUCUCGCCAAGUUGCAUUACGCGAUUCAGAGUGUGGUCUUGGUGAAUCCAGACUCUUCUAAGCUUGGUCAAGCCAAGGAUUUGAUGCGUACAGCUAUGAAGCAUUUGGAGAAGGAGUUUUAUCGGAUUAUGAAAGCCAAUAAGCGGGUUUUGGAUCCGGAAUCCGUCUCCGGUUGGUCUUCCGACUCCAAGACAACUUCGGGAUCAAGUGGAAGCGCUUCAGGUUCUGGAUCCGAUGGAGAGCUUGAUUCAUCGGAAUUGGGUAACGAGAGAGGAGAUGCUAUUGUGGAUUUGAAAUUGAUUGCUAAUUGCAUGAUCUCCUGUGGUUACGAGAAGGAUUGUCUUACAAUCUAUAAGAAACUAAGGAAAAAGAUCAUCGUCGACGCAUUUUCUCGGCUAGGGUUCGAGAAAUUGAAUUCUACGCAGAUGCAGAAACUGGAAUGGGAGAUUCUGGAGAAGAAGAUAAAAAAAUGGAUGCCGGUGACGAGACUAGCAAUCACCACUCUGUUUAACGGAGAAAGAAUCCUCUGCGAUCACAUUUUCUCCUCCUCCCUCGCUGAGUCUUCCUUCGUCGAUAUUACGCUAGAGAGCGCGUUAAGCCUCUUCGUCUUACCGAUAGCCGUGGCUAAAUGCAGGAAAACUACAGAGAAAAUCUUUCCCACGCUUGACGUUUACUCGACGAUAUUGCAUCUGAAACCCAAAAUCGAGAAGAUUUUCAGCUACGAUUCAACCGCUUCCGUCCGAUCGCAGGCGGCUGAGUCUCUCGAAAAGCUCGGCGAAUCAGUGAACGCGUUGAUGAUAGAAUUCCAAUCGUCGAUUACGAAAGAGUCGUCGAAAUCGCCGAUUCCCGGCGGCGGAGUCCAUCAGCUCACGAGGUAUGUCAUGAACUUCAUCGUUUUCCUCGCUGACUACAGCGACUCUCUCACCGUCAUUCUCAAGGACAAGGAGUCAUCGUUGCCUUUGCCGGCGGAUUACUUCAGCAGCAACAACGUGGAGAACCCAGAGAACGCUGGUUCUCCGAUGGCGGCGAGAUUCGCGUGGUUGAUACUCGUCUUGCUCUGCAAAAUCGACACGAAAUCACGGCUCUACAACGAUUCGGCUCUCUCGUAUCUCUUCCUAGCCAACAACCUCCAUUACAUCGUGACCAAGGUCAGCACAUCGGACCUCAGAGUCGUCCUGGGAGACGAUUGGGUGAAAAAUCACGAGGUUAAAGUGAGUCAGUACCUCGAGAAAUACGAGAAGAUGGCGUGGGGAGAUGUGAUUGCGUCAGUCCCCGGAGAGUCAACGGCGGAGGCGAGAGCGGAGGAGUCUCUGAAACGGUUCAACGAAGCUUUUGUGGAGGUCUACAAGAAGCACAAGACUUGGGUCGUACCCGACCCGAAAUUGAGAGACGAAAUCAACGCCUCCCUUGCUAAAAAGCUCAUGCCUGGGUAUACGGGUUUCUAUAAGAAGUACCCGGUCGGGUCACGUGAUGUUGUCAGAUUAACCCCUGAAGAUCUCAAUAAUUACAUCUCUGACCUAUUUACUGACCUGGGCGGAUCCGUACCCGUAUCCAUAUCUAAACGUCUUGCUAAUUGUAAAGCUACAGUUACUGUUUGA